GAGAGUUUGAAACAGUAGCUAUAAUGUGGUAUAUUUCAAAAUGACAUUUUACAUUGAUGGAAUAAAUAUUGGGACACCUCAGCAUAAGAUACUGCUAACAUGGCUUGGGUAGUUACAGCAAUUGUAGCUUUGUGCUUCUGUGUCAGUGUUUCAUCACAACAUGGUGCAUACCCUCCUGGAGUCCCUCCCCCAAAUAAUGCACAUGUCCAUGCACCCCCGGCCCACCAAGGCGGACAGCAAUUUCAAGGACAACAACAACAACAAUUUAAGGGACAACAACAACAACAGUUUCAACAUAACCAACAAGGACAACAACAGUUUCAACAUAACCAACAACAACAAUUUCAGGGACAACAGCAACAACAGUUUCAACAUAACCAACAAGGGCAACAACAGAACUUCCAAUAUCAGCCAGGUCAACAGGGUCAUCAACAAGUCCAGCAUAACCAAGGCAACACUCAGGAAUUCCAGCAGCCAGGGGGCCAUGGAGGGGGGCAUGGAGAGGCUCACGGAGGGUUUGGACAUGGCAGUGCUCAUGAUGCAAGCCAUAUUAAGGAACAUCUGAAGGACGUGGUAGAUAAACCUAAAGAAGAAAUGUCAGAGGAAGAACUAGAAUUCCAUUAUUUCAAAUUACAUGACUACGAUAAAAACAACAAGCUGGACGGUAUUGAGAUUGUUAAGGCUAUUACCCAUUUCCAUGUUUUUCCAGCUGGAGCUGAUGAAGGUGAAGGAGCUGAUCAACAACAACAUCAGGACAAGAAGGUGUUCUCAGACGAAGAACUCAUCAACAUAGUGGACCUGGUACUGAAGGAAGAUGAUUUGAAUGGGGAUGGAUACAUUGAGUACGUGGAAUUUGUCAAAGCCCAGCGGAAAGCACGGGAACAGGCCAAAAACGACCCGAACAACAACAAUAAUUAAUUACAGUAAUUAACUGCAGUGAAAUGCUGUUGAUUUCUGUUUUACGUCUCAUGACUGCAAUUGUAUCUCUAGUCUAUUAUUAGAAAGGAUUUAUAAUUUUUGCUUUUUAGUGAUAUAUUUCGAGAUAUUGACUAUGACAAAGUUCCCUCAGUGGUUUUCUGUGGUGAAAAUGUUACUAGAUUAUAUAUUCAUGUUACUAAAUUUAGAUAUGCAUGAUUGCUAAAUAUAGAUAUGCAUACGACUAUAGACACACGCAUACUUUGUAAUUUCUUAUUGUUAUUUUUAAUCUUUAUAUUUCAGUGCUUUGAGUAAUUCAGGGUCUCUUUAGAUCUGCUUGAUAGUCAGCAUAUACUGGCAGCUGUUACACAUUAAGUAGACAGAGGAGGUUCCAAGUUUUUUAUAUAUGAGAAGAAAAUCUCAAAUUAAAUUCUACAAGAAUUUUCUGUACUUACAGCACUAAUGCCACUUUCUGCCUUAAUUCAACACAAUGUUAGAAAUUGGGACAUGUUGCUUUAUACUAGUGCUCCAUGUUAGUUGAUUGUUGUCCGAUUACCUUCUUCGUCUUCCUUUUUGUCAGUAGUCAUUCUCGGUGCUUCAAAAAUGCCCUUGUCUGAUUAUACCCCAAAAGUUAAGGAUAUGGGAAAGGGAUGCUGGGUGGGAAGGGUAUAGGGGUAUACUAAGUGUUUUUGACCUUAUGUCUGUUUGUAUUUGUCUGUUGGGGGAGGGGGUAUACUAAUUGAUUAGGGGUCUAUAGACCUGUUGGGGGAGUGGGGAGUAUACUAGUUGUUUAGGGGUCUAUAAUUAUAUUGGGGGAGGGGGUAUACCAGUUGUUUAGGGGUCUAUAAUUCUAUUGGGGGAGGGGGUAUACCAGUUGUUUUGGGGUCUGUCAUCUAUGUCUGGAUAUUUAAUCUUGGUCAUGACCUUUGACCUAUACAAGAUAGAGAUUUCAUACUAGGUUAUCAGAAACAUCAAGUCACAGCUAUGCAACUUUCAAAGUACAAGGUCAUUUUAUCAAGGUCAAGGUCAAACUUUUCCCAGAUUGAAUGUGGCCAUGCUCAGAGGUAUAGUAGUUCACAAAUGUAUCUCGUUUCCAUUGCUUGGGGAUAUCCACAAUUCAUUUAUUCAUCUGAAUUUUCCGAUGUAGGAUAUUUACAGGAUACUGAUACAGAGCAGAGUUAAAUGUUAACCUGUUUUCAUGAACACAGAAAUGUAGAAUAAAUCUAAAAAUAGUAUCAUGAUCUCCAUAUUUACAUGAGUGUUUGGCAUUAAAUGGUUGUACUUUUUUGGAGAAUUUGAUUGAUGUAAUGUACUGUAAUACCAAAAGUUGUUCUGUUUUUAUGAUCAUACAAUAUAUGAGUAGAAAAAGUAAGAAGCCUGGUGAUAUGUCUGGUGUUACAGGGGUCUGACAAAUUAGUGUAUAGCAUUACUAUAAUCAUGCUCUGUAUGAUGUGAAAAUUAUUUCAGGUUGUUUCAAUACUGAUUGAUAAUACUGACAGUAUUUAUUAUGUAGUAUUUUUCCUCUUGAAAUUUGUGGGACUGAAAAACUAUUUUAGGAAGCAAAUCCUAAGGACAACUGGAAUUCUCAUUUUGAUAAUUCUAACUUAUCUGGUGACAAUGAAAUAUUUCAGAUACUGGUAUUUGGAAUGAAAUUUUUUUAUACAGAGUUAUCGUUCCUAAGCUGUGACAGAUGUGUACAAUCACCACUGCCUGUGUGUUGGACUAAUUAUUUAUUGUUAAUCGUCUAGUUUUCACGAUAAAUUUUGUUUUACAUUUACAGAAUAAUUAAUUAGCUUUACUCUGAUGCCAUUUUAUUGAAUUAUUUAAUGCAUUCCUAAGGCUUUUUUUUUUUAAAUUCCAGAGUUUUAUUUAUACAUGUAUAUAUGAUAUAUUUAAAAAAAAAUUACUUUGUGUUUGUAUUUGAGCACCCUCCCACUCUUUUUGUAUAAAACUGUACGUUUUGCACUCCUCUGUGUCAGUUUGUUGUUUACAAUGUAUUAUAUGGGAGAACAUAUAUAUUUAUGUGAAAUCCAUAUUUCUCUGUUUGAAGCUCAAUGGAGGUUAUUUAAUCAUUAAAGUGUGCUAAUUUGAUUUGGAAAGAAAUUUAAAUGGAUGCGUGAUCGAGACCUUUGUGAUUCAGUAAAAAUGGCUUUCCAGUCCAGAUUUACAAUCUAUAGAAGGGGGAAUACAUAUUUAUACCACUGUCUCACUUCAUCAAAUAAAGCAGUGUGUGUUUAAUUUUGUUCUGAAGAAAGAUAAUUUUUCAUAUUUUUUUUAACAUUUGUCAUUCCCAAAGAAGUCUGUGUCAUAUGUGAGUGAAAGUUAUUCUGUUUUUAAGUAGCUGACUCUAAAGAUAUGUUAACCAAAAAUAUUCUGCAAAACUAAAUACUUUCCAAUUAUAAUCAUCGCAGUAUGAUGUGUAGGACGUUGGUUUCAUGGCAAAGAAUGUUGUAUUUGAUAUUAUGAAUUGUGUAAAUGUUGUGUAGGAUAUUGUAUAAGAUGAUGAUUAUAUUUACUGGUGGAAGUUAUGGAUGUGUGAUGUUGAAUAAAUAUUGGAUGGAGACCAAAA